AUGCUCUACGAACUCGUUGCCAUUGUCCGGCCGGGCAGCCUCACCGAGGUAAAAGAAAUCGCCCAAACCGUCGGCUCCCUCGUCCUCAAAAACGGCGGCGUCAUCCGCGGCCUCUCCAACUGGGGCGUCUUCUCCCUCCCCAAGCCAAUCUCCAUCCACCAGAUGAAGCACACCCACGGCCACUACUUCGUCAUGCGCUACGACUCCUCCCCCCGAGUCCACCACGACGUCCGCUCAACUCUACGCCUCGAGCCGCGCAUGAUCCGCGCCGCCCACGUCAAGCUCGGCGACGGCAAGCUCGAGACGGUAUCGAGGUUCGGCCCGCCUAAAUGGAGGACCCAGGGCAGCGAGGCGUAG